UCUUACCCAUAAGCCACCGCGUUCGUUCUCAGUGUUAAAAAAAUGGCGUCGAGGACACCAGUAGCAACAGGCAGGCUCCUGCUUGGGCUGCGCAAAUGGUAUUACAACAUGAGUGGCUUCAACAAAAUUGGUUUAAUGCGUGAUGACACAAUCUAUGAGGACGCAGACGUGAAAGAGGCGCUGAGGAGACUUCCAGAGGCCCAGUACAAUGAAAGGAUGUUCAGGAUCAAGAGAGCUCUGGAUCUCUCCAUGAAGCAGCAGAUCCUCCCUAAAGAACAUUGGACGAAAUAUGAUGAGGACGUCCAUUACUUAACACCAUAUCUGGAGGAGGUGAUUCGUGAGAGGAAAGAAAGGGAGGAGUGGAUGAAGAAAUAGAUGGUUUCCUGGUCAGAGGUGUUAAUCCUCAGUCUUCAGUUGGUGAAUGGUUGUCCCCUGGUGUAAUAUUUAAAAUGAAAUCUUACCUAUAUAAAACAGUGCUCAUUAAAAAAAUGUACAUUUUGAAA